CAAGGGGUAGAUAACUCUAAUGUUUACACACAUGGAGUUUCCAGGAUGAUAUCAAAACUAGCAGCUGUUAAUACGAAUGCCAUGUCGUCCAAACUGAACAAUCUUUUGACUUAUUCCAACUUUGUGCAUGCUGUGUCGGGAGCCGCAGGCAGUGUGAUUGCAAUGAGUGUAUUUUACCCUUUGGAAACUGUUAGAACAAGAUUACAAGUACAUGUUGGUCGACAACCCAAACACACACCAAUGGAAGCCAUGGAUAUUGUUAAAGAUGAAGGCAUAUCCUCACUGUAUCAGGGCCUGUUUCCUGUGCUGGUCACACUCUGCUGUUCAAACUUUGUGUACUUUUACACUUACAAUGGUCUUAAAACAUCUCUACUGGAGGAAGGAAGCAAGCCCGGGCCAGUGAAGGACCUCCUAAUGGCGUUUGUAUCAGGUGUCAUCAAUGUUCUGGUCACAAAUCCGCUCUGGGUUGUCAAUACAAGGAUCAAACUCCAGGGACUCAAAUGUGGUACUGCCAACUUUAAAUCUACACCCACUUCUGGCUACAAGGGAAUUAUGGAUGGUCUCUGGAAGAUCAUAUCACAAGAGGGUGUGUCUUCCCUGUGGAAUGGAACCUCAGCAUCCGUCAUGUUAGCAUCUAAUCCCUCCAUACAGUUCAUGGUUUAUGAGACGGUGAAAAGAUACUUUCAGCAAUUUUUCAAAUCAAAAGAACUCAGUGGAUUUUUAUACUUCAUCAUUGGAGCAAUAUCAAAAAUGGUUGCCACUGUAGCUACAUACCCCUUGCAAAUUCUACAGUCUCGCUUUAGAGCUGGAUCCAAAAAGUCUGAUGAUUCCAAGAAAAUCACUCAAAGUUUGUUGAAUAUAAUCAGGAGUGAAGGCUUCUUGGGAUUGUAUAGAGGUAUGGAGGCUAAGCUUGUACAAACCGUACUGACAGCAGCCCUGAUGUUUCUCUGUUACGAGAAAAUAGCUGCCUUCAUCUUCAGAAUCAUGGGACUUCAGAUGUGAUCAUUGUGCCACAGUUAAAUGGAUACCGGUUUAUGAUGUUGUUUUAGAGAUAUUUAGUUGCCAUGCGUUGAUACAUAUUUUAUUUUUCUACUGAUGUGCUAUUCAUUUUGUUGAAAAUGAUGAAGACCUUUGUGUACUAUCUCCUGUAAACAUUGUUUAGUUUUCAUUAUGUCAUCAGCGUAGCUAUAUAGAUAUUGUCGUAUUAGCGCUUUCCUCUGGAAUUGCGGGUUCAAUUCCUACUAUAGCUACGGUAAAUUACUUUUGACUUGACACUGAUGGAGAGGAGACAUUAUCAGUUAUUCUUCCUUGUACAGAGGUCUCCCUUGUACAGAGAUUCUUCCUUGUAGGAGUGGUUCCAUUCCCACUGUGGGACAUGGAGACCGAUCCUACCAAUGAAACUAUAUAACAGACGUGCCUUGUCUUAACAGGUGUGUAAUGUAGCAAAGUUUCGAAUUCAGUAACAUUUGGUGCCAGAAACAAACAACAAAUCUUGGUCGUGGAAAGAUUUUGUUAAAGUUAGUUGAAUUUAUGAUGUAGGAACUAAAUUGAUAAAUUAACGGGGCCAAGGAAGAGCCCUGUAGUAGCCAAUUUGUCUGUUGAAAUAACUUACAUACUCUGAAUUCAGUAUGUAUGCAAUUGAUGGUCAGAGAAAGACACCAAUAAAUUUUACCUUUC